GUCGUUUGUGAUAUGUUUAUACGUAUGUAUGUACGACUUGGUCAAUUGUUGAGUGCUGAAAAGUGAAAACUGAAAAACACAUCUUUCACUUCAAAAACUUGACAUGAAAGCCUUCUUUUCUUUUUCCUCAAGAACGGCCAAAAACAGCUGCCUUCCUACGGGGUAUCUCAAUCCAGUCAAAACGGGGGAUUUGAAAGAAGAAAAAAAACCGGAACGGAUAGUAACGCCGCGGUGUCUCCCCCUCGCCAAGUUUCCUCCGUGCCAAAACGUGCGAGCAAUGGCAACGUGGGAAACUCCGGCAAGACAACCGUGUCCCAGACGCGCCGCUCCUUCCGGCGAGCCGACCGCCUCCUCCUCCACCCUAUAAAUCCCACGCGGCAGCCACAUCCGUUCCAAGUUCUCAACCAUUCCAGCUCCACCACGCGGUCAACAGCGCGAACACAUCGGGAGAUCCAAAGAUCCCACAGCUCCAUCCCCACUCGUUCCGAUCCAUUGAUCUCGCCGUCUCGUGAUCUCUUGGCGCGUGUGCGUGCAGCCAUGGCCGCCGGAGGAGGGGUAGUACUCAACCUGCGCGUCCCGUCGGCGUCAGUGGCGCCGGCGCGGCGGUGUGGGACGGCGUCGUCGUCGGUGAGAUGCGGGAGCGCGCGCGGGGCGGCGCCGGCGAGGCAGGCCGGCGGGGGGCUGGAAGAGGACCACUACCGGACGCUGAGGCUGGCGCCGGGGGCAUCCAGGAGCGAGGUCAAGAAGGCCUUCCACCGCCUCGCGCUGCAGUACCACCCGGACGUCGUGCGCCAAGAAAACAGCGUGGACUUCCAGCGGAUCAACGUGGCGUACCAGAAGGUAAUGAGCAACAUGCGGGAGGCGGAGGAAAGGCUCGAGUACUGGCGCCGCCGCUACGGCCUCGCCGACGAGGACCUCGACCGCUACCGGCGCUACCUCAACGACGACGACGAGGACGACUGGUUCGCAGACCUAUGAAGCGGCGCCUGCAUGACUCUUGCCAUGGCACAUGAAGCACAACUGUAAAUUAAUUUGUGAAAUGCCACUCUCUGCAUCUCCCCUUGAUUGUGGAUGGAAGAGACGUAGUACGGUAGUAGGAUGAAAUUCAGGGUUCUAACGAUUGUAAUUGGAACACUUUAAUUUCCAUUGUGAAUAUAAGAAACGAACAGAGCAGGAAUUAAUAUAAAUUGUGGCUCAGGAUUCAGGAACA